GGUAGAGGGUCGGACGGAAGGAGCCAUUCAUUCUUCUGUGGUGAAAACGUGGAGGAGGAUGAGGAGCCUCUAAGGGAGGAAAAAAAUCAAGGUUGAAUCGAAACAGAUAGUCAGACCAACACUACACAAAGUUCAGAGAAGGCACAAACAGAUCAUUGAGCACUGAGGAGUUCACAGCUUCAGAUUCGCGCAGACAGCAGUUACACGUUGUGCUGAUUUUUUGAGUCUUACAUCUGGAUUUCCCUGAAGAGAUUUUGCCUGCGUAUCCACUGCCGGAUUCCACACAGGAGGUGUGUUUGAUGUGACGCCAGCAGGCUGGCUCAGGGAACACAACUUCAAUACAAUGUAGACACCAAAAACCAAGCGGAAUAAGAGUCUGAAGACCACACCGACAGAAGGAGGGUGAGCUCAAGGAGGAGGAGGAACAGCUGUGUUGAAGCGACACCAGCAGAAAGAUAAGGAGUGAGAGAAGUGGAGAGAAAAACAGGGAAGGAGCAGACUGUGAAUCAUUGACGUGAACCUUUUGUGUACAGCAGUGUCACCUGCUUCUUCCUCUGAAGGGUUUACUCGCUGACACGUCUCCACUGCAGAAGGAUCACACCCAUAGUUCUCUGUCUUUUGAGGACCUUCUAUCCGCAUUCCAGCUUUUCAUCUCUCAUCAGUGUCGAAAUCUGAACAGAGGGACCCAUCCAGCCACCGUCAGCAUGUGCCAUGUUAUUGUCACCUGUCGCUCCAUGCUGUGGACUCUGCUGAGUAUUGUUGCCGCGUUCGGGGAGCUCAUCGCCUUCAUGAGCACUUACUGGCUUGUCGGAGUCCCCCGUGCAUCUAAUGCAGUUAUCGGCCCCCAUGGGGCCACCACAGCUGGAGAGGCUUACAGGCCCACUUUAGGCAUCUAUGGUCGCUGUAUAAAACUUCCUCACCUGGAGCGGGGAGUACUGUGUGGACCCUACGCGGUACAUUUUGGAGAGAUUGCCAGCGGGUUCUGGCAGGCUACUUCUAUCUUCCUGGCUGCAGGGAUCCUGUUGCUGUGCGCCGUGGCAUUCAUUUCCGUCUUCACCAUGUGCUUUCAAAGCAUCAUGAAGAAGAGCAUCUUUAAUGUGUGUGGACUGCUGCAAGGAAUCGCAGGUCUGUUCCUGAUCCUGGGUCUGAUGCUGUACCCUGCUGGCUGGGGUUCAGACAAGGUCCAGCUGUACUGUGGACAGGACGCUGCACCGUACCGGGCUGGUCUCUGCUCCAUGGGCUGGGCCUUUUACACCGCCAUGGGUGGCACUGUGCUCACCUUCGUCUGCGCUGUCUUCUCUGCUCAAGCUGAGAUCGCCACCUCCAGCGACAAGGUUCAGGAGGAGAUCGAGGAGGGAAAGAGCCUGAUCUGCCUCCUCUGAAGCUCAGAUAACAUUUGUGUGGGGGAGAGAAGAAGGAUGAGGCAGAGAUGGGCCACUAAUGACCUGCCCCUGGUCUUCUGCCUAUUCUAAUAAAGCUGGCCUGUGAAAUGGAGGCCCCUGCAUUGUUUACCACUAAUACUGACUCUUAUCCUGUCUCAGUUUUGUGUUUGAAGUGGGAGAAACUUAUAAGUGCCAAUUUUAUUUUUUCUCAGUGUGUGUCUUUGUCUUUCUGCUACUAGAGGUGCUGUGUCUGUUUAUUAUAUUCAUUUUAACCAUGUGGAUGCCCUGUGAGGCCUGUGUCUGUCACCACAUGUUCUGUAAAUAAGCGUGAUUUUAUAUAUAUAUAAAUAUAUAUUUUGUACAUAGUUAUGAUCGCCAAAUGAUGGUCAGCUUCAUCCAGGCUGGGCUGAUGAUGUCACUCUUGCCUUAAAAAACAAACAAAAAAAAUCAACAAAAAAAAAAAUAAAAAAAAAACUGGAUUAACUGUUAAGAAGAGAACCACUAGUCAGU